AUGAUGAUCGUCUUCAUCUGGAUAUUUGCCAUUUCGGUCACCACGCCUUGGGUGUUCUUCUUCGACCUGGUGGUUGUAUUCGAGGAGAGUCCACACGUCCGCCUAUGCUUGGACAUCUGGCCGAACCCGUUGAGUGAGGUUCUGUACUUCGUGAUCGGGAACCUCAUCUUCUGCUACAUCCUGCCGAUGGUGCUAAUAACAAUGUGCUACAUCCUGAUCUGGAUCAAGGUUUGGAGACGUUCCAUCCCCACUGACACGCAAGACGCACAGAUGGAGAGGAUGCAGCAGAAAUCCAAAGUGAAGGUCGUCAAGAUGCUUGUGGCGGUAGUUAUAUUAUUCGUGCUGUCCUGGUUCCCGUUGUAUUUGAUCUUCGCUAGGAUAAAGCUGGGCGGGCCGGUUCAGAAAUGGGAGGAGGACAUGUUCCCGGUGGUGACGCCGUUAGCGCAGUGGCUGGGGGCCUCCAAUUCCUGCAUCAAUCCGAUACUGUACGCGUUCUUCAACAAGAAAUACAGGAAGGGUUUCGUGGCAAUA